UUUCAAGCUUCCUGGCUGUCGAGCUAAAGGAGCCAUUUUCUUGCUGAUCGGAUUCUGACCAGUGUCGAAACAACAAUGGCAGCGCGGAUCCACACCGUCGGCGCCACUCCCUGCAGCUGGGUUUUUCAGGGUCUCCCAAGACAUUGAAUGGACGAGACAUCGGCUCUCUCCAGCCCUCACCUCGACGCCAUGUCCUGCAUGUCUUGAGCGAGCUGCGAGCCGAACCCCUUUCGAGCCUCUUGGUCUUCCUCGCCCCUCCCUUCCUUGCAUCCCGCCAGCCCAGAUCUGAAUUCGAUCUCGUCCCGGUCUCGUCCCGGUGUCUCGUCUCUGCGCUGUCUUGGCUGUGAAAAAUCCCCAGCACGUUGCUCGUUGCAUAUUGCACUACUGCAGCUGCAGCUUGGCCAACAUACAGUCUUGUCCUGUCCUGCCUCUUGACCAUCAACUGGUCUCCUGAGAAACCACACCGCCAACGGUGGGUGAUGGCGUCAGACAAGGAGUUCCCGCCGGCUCACGGCGACGAAAAGAACAGCGCCGUCCCCUAUGACGAGGACGUGGGCGUCGUCGAGGCUCGGGGCAACACCGAUGCCCUCCAACGGCACCUUGGCAAUCGCCAGAUCCAGAUGAUUGCCAUUGGAGGCUCCAUCGGAACGGCCCUGUUUGUUUCGAUCGGCAAUGGCUUGAUGGACGGCGGCCCAGGCUCACUGCUCAUUGCUUUUGCCCUGUACUCGGCCCUGCUCGGCUUGGUCAACAAUUGUAUGGCCGAGAUGGCCGUCUACAUGCCCGUUUCAGGCUCUUUCAUUCGCUUUGCUGGUAAAUGGGUUGACGAGGCAUUUGGGUUCAUGACGGGCUGGAAUUUCUUCCUCUACGAGGCCACCAUGAUUCCAUUCGAGAUCUCGGCCAUCAAUCUCGUCUUGACCUUUUGGCGCGACGACAUUCCCGUCGCAGCCGUCUGCGCCGCCUGCAUCGUCCUUUACGCAGCCAUCAACAUCUUUGCUGUCAAGUUCUAUGGCGAGGCCGAAUUUUGGUUGUCAAGUGGCAAAUUCCUCCUCAUCAUCAUCGUCUUUUGCUUCACCUUUGUCACCAUGUGCGGAGGAAACCCACAGCACGAUGCUUUCGGCUUUCGGUACUGGGCAAACCCAGGCUCCUUCGCAGAGCAUAUUCAUGAGGGCUCCUUGGGACGAUUUCAGGGGUUCCUCGGUGCUCUGUGGUCUGCGGCCUUCACCAUCGUCGGCCCCGAGUACCUCGCCAUGGUCGCAGGCGAGGCCCAGCGACCCCGGACUUACCUAAAGCAGGCCUUUAAGACGGUCUACUGGCGGUUCGGCAUCUUUUUCAUCGGCGGGGCUCUCGCUGUUGGCAUCAUCCUGCCCUACAACGACCCACUCCUGAACUCGGGCGACGGCGAGGGAACCGCGGCCGCCAGUCCUUACGUGAUCGCAAUGCGUAACAUGCAGGUCUCCGUCCUGCCGGAUAUUGUGAACGCUCUCCUGGUCACCAGCAUCUUCUCGGCCGGAAACGCCUACGUCUACUGUGCCAUGCGGUCCCUCUACGGAAUGGCACUAGAAGGACAAGCGCCGCACUUCCUCUCCAAGUGCACGCGCUCCGGCAUCCCGGUCUGGUGUUUCGCCGUGACCAUGGUCUUCCCGUUCCUCUCCUUCCUGGCCAUCUCGAACGGCACCGCGCAGGCCGUCCAGUGGCUGGCGAACCUAACGCAGGCAGCCCAGAUCAUCGACUACAUUGUCAUGUGCGUGACAUACCUGUACUUCUACCGCGCACUAAAGACCCAGGGCGUUGACCGCAGCACGCUUCCCUACACGGGAUGGUUCCAGCCGUACAGCGCGUGGAUCGGUCUCGUCGGCGAGAUCUUCACAGUCUCAUGCUACGGAUACGAGACCUUCCUGCCAGGCUACUGGGACGUCGGCACCUUCUUCAGCUACUACCUCAUGGUGUUCGUCGCGGUGCUGACGUAUACGGCGUGGAAGGUCGUCAAGAGGACCAAGAUUGUGAAGCCCGAGGAGGCGGACCUAGUGUGGGACAAGCCUGUCAUUGAUGCGUAUGAGGACUCGCUCAAGACGAAGCCUGAAGGGUUCUGGAAUGAGGUACUACAGAUGCUCAGGUUGAAGAAAAAGAGGAACGAACCUGUCGGGAACGAGUGAGGAGUUAUUCCUUGAAGACAAAGUCCUGAAAUCACUUCACGAUGAGGUCGAUCUCGAUUGCUCCCCUUUCCGUCGUAUGUGUAAAUAUAUGCACAACCACAUACGCGAAAUCUCAUUUCAG